ACCACUGUGUGGCUCCCAGAGGAAUCAGUCAUGGGACUGCUGCUGCCGAUUCUUCUUGGCUUUCUUGCUGCUCUGAUUGGAGGACUGUACCUACUCGGGGUGUUUCGACAGCGGCGACCAGGAGAACCCCCUUUGGAUAAGGGGCUCAUCCCUUGGCUGGGUCAUGUCUUAGAGUUUCGCAGGAACACGUUUAAGUUCCUAGAGAGGAUGAAGCAAAAGCAUGGCGAUGUGUUCACAGUACAGCUGGGAGGGUUUUAUAUUACAUUCCUUCAGGACCCCCUAUCAUUUGGGGCACUUGUUAAGGAGAGUCGAGAAAAACUGGACUUCAGCAAGUUUGCUGUGCAUCUGGUGCGCAGAGUGUUUGGUUACAUAGCUGUAGAGGACGACCACCACAUUCUUCAGGUGUCCAGCAGCAAGCACCUGAAAGGGGAUGGCCUGAAGGUAAUGACACUAGCCAUGACAAGUAAUUUGCAGAACCUGAUGUUGCACAACAUCGGCUCAGCUGCAGACCAACGGACCUGGAUGGAAGACGGACUGUUCAUGUACAGCUACAAUAUUCUUUUUAGGGCCGGGUACUUAUCCUUGUAUGGCAAUGUGCCACACAAGUCAGAAGGAAGUGAGGAGAAAGCCAAAGAGAAAGACAGAGCUGAAUCAGAAGCCUUAUUUUACGAGUUUCGUAAAUAUGACCAACUCUUCCCCAACCUGGCUUAUGGGGUCCUGCCACCAAGAGAAAGGUUGGAAGCAGAGAGGCUAAUGGGAUUCUUCUGGGACUCUCUGUCAGUGGAGAAGAUGAAGACCAAGGACAACAUUAGUCGCUGGGUGUGGGACAUGCAGCAGGCCAAAGAGGAGAUGGGUAUGAAGGAGUCAAUGAUAAACAGGCACAUGUUUAUGCUUCUUUGGGCCUCUCAGGGCAACACAGGGCCUUCUGCAUUCUGGCUGCUCCUCUUCCUCUUGAAACACCCAGAAGCCAUGACAGCGGUGAAGGAAGAGAUAGAUAAGGUUCUGAAGGAAUCUGGGCAGGAAGUCCAACAUGGUGGCCCGUUAAUCAACCUGACCCAUGAAAUGCUGAUGAAAACACCAAUCCUGGACAGUGCUGUAGAAGAGACCCUCCGUCUCACUGCUACACCCCUCCUCACCAGAGAAGUGCUCCAGGAUAUGACCCUCAAGAUGGCUGAUGGGCGUGAAUACUUCAUUCGCAAGGGUGACAGAAUGGCAUUAUUUCCUUACAGUGCCAUUCAUAUUGACCCAGAGAUCCACCCUGACCCACAUUCAUUCAAAUACAACCGCUUUCUGAAUCCAGGCGGGAUCAAGAAAACAGAUUUUUACAAAGCAGGGAAGAAGGUGAAGUAUUACAACAUGCCCUGGGGUGCUGGGGUCUCCAUGUGCCCUGGACGUUUCUUUGCCACCAAUGAGCUGAAACAGUUUGCUUUCCUCAUGUUGGUCUAUUUUGAGAUUGAGCUGAAGAAUCCUGAUGAGAAGAUACCUGAAUUUGAUUUCAGGCGAUGGGGCUUUGGAUCGAUGCAACCCAACAGAGACAUUCAGUUUCGAUACAGACUCAGAUAUUAAACCAAAUCAUUUUUAUUUUUCUGAUAAAACAUUUUCUGAUUUUGAUCGAGCUUUAAGUAGACAAUUAUGUUUCUAGGAAAAGUGGUUCUACAAUGAAUUAUUAUUUUACACUUGGAGAGUAGUUGCCAUUCCUUGUCACACCUUAUCUGAAAUUUCAACAGUGAUGUGAAAGAAAGCUGCAACCAAGUCUUGGGAAUCAGAAUCAGAAUCAGAAAUACUUUAUUGAUCCCAGAGGGGAAACUCUUUUGUUACAGCAGCUCACUAUCACGUCAGUGCACACAGGGAUAGAAGUACUAAGCAAAAAAUAUAAUACACUAUAAUACAGGUCAGAAAAUAAAUUAAGUACCAAGUGGGUAUAAGUAUAAAAUACGUGUGAAGUACAAGUAAUUAAGAUUAAAAUGAGACGGAGGAUAUUGCACAGCAGUAAUAGAGGUAUGAAUACAUAUCAAUAAAUAGGGAAUUUUAAACUGAAAAGAGUAUAUUGCACAGGAGUAUUAACACAGAAUAUUGCACAAUUAUUAUUUAGUAUUGCAGAGAUGAAGAUAGAUAAGGGAAGAUAGAUGAGAAGAAAAGAAAACAAAAAGAUUCAGUACUUUUAAUAAUUCUCUCCUAUAUUUCAAAGACCAACACAAUGAUUUAUUUUGUGUGCAUUUGUUGAUUUAAUUAAAUUAAAUACAUUUAACUUGUUGUUGUGUUGUGUUUAUGUUUUUUUAAAGUAGAAAAAUGCUUUGUUUAUAUUUUACAUGCAUUUCUGUUUGUAAUUGUUAAUAAUUUGUUGAACAAAAAUAAAUCUGUUUGUGUAACCUUAAUAUCAGAGGGCAGGUGUUAUCUUUGAUAGCUCCUGUCUCACAUAUGUGCGAUUCUUAAUCUGACGAUCAAGACAGCAAUCUGUGUUUUUAGGACAUGUGCAUAAAUCAAACAUCACUGGACUGGUUUCCCUAGGAUGUCAAUCUUUCCAGAAACUGCAACUGUAACCAUAUAUACCCUAUGAUUUUAGCUUCUUAAUGUGAUCAUGCAAUAAUGCGUGUCUGUUUUUCGAUUUUUUAACCUGUAAUAAAGACUUUAAUGAGA